GCACAUCAAUUAAAAUGCGAAUUUCUUGCCUAAGCAUUUUAAUGACCCGUGACGAAGUUCAUAUUUUGUUAUUUAUUGCAACAUUCCGUUUAUUGCCGUUCUGGUGUGGUCUUGUAGUUAGUGCAUAUAUCAGCUCUUUAAAAAGAAAGGGCGCAGGUAGUAAAUAUAUUUGGUGUUACACUUGACUGUCGAUUAUUUUUAUGCACUCAUUGUCAAUUAACGUGAUUUCUCAAGCAAGUGUCGGUAGUUGGUACUGUUUGGCUGGUUUGGUUACGUGUCGAAGAAACACAUUUUCUAAUUUAAUAAAUAUUUCGCGUUGUGUCUGCUGUAUACGUAUUUGACGCUACAAAAAAGGAAAAUUUAAAAAGAAUCCAUAGACGAAGAAAUGUUAGAUCUUAGUUGUCCCAACGUUCAAUUGAUAUUAGCUACCAUCGUCACAGCGAUUAUAACCGGUUUCACUACAUUACGAUUCUAUUGCUACAUUACGUUGGGCAGGUGUCACUCUCGUGCAAAAAUGGAAGGAAAAACAGUUUUGAUCACUGGCGCUAACGGUGGAAUCGGAAAAGAAACAACGAAGGACAUUGCUAAGCGUGGAGCACGAAUUAUUUUAGCUUGUCGUAAUGUUGAUGCAGCCAAUGAGGUUAAAGACGAAGUGGUAAAGGAAACCGGUAACCAGAAUAUCGUCGUUAAAAAGCUGGAUCUUAGUUCCCAAAAAUCUGUACGUGAAUUUGCUGCUGAUAUCAACAAAACCGAACAAAAGCUGGAUGUUUUGAUUCAUAAUGCCGGCAUGGCCCUAGCUGUUCGCGGUCAACAAAGUGAAGAUGGUAUUGAGAUGACAAUGGCUACCAAUCAUUAUGGUCCGUUCCUGUUGACCCACUUACUGAUCGAUUUACUCAAAAAGACACCAAAGAGUCGCAUUGUGGUAGUUGCAUCCGAACUGUACAAAUUGGCUUCGGUCAACUUGAACAAUUUGAAUCCAAUCAAUACAAGACCGGCCGCUUAUUUGUACUACGUUUCAAAGUAUGCCAACAUCUAUUUUACACGCGAAUUGGCCAGACGUUUGGAAGGCACUGGUGUAUCGGCUAAUUGCUUGCAUCCCGGAAUGAUUGAUACAGGAAUUUGGCGUAACGUCCCGUUCCCGUUGAAUUAUCCGAUGAAAAUGAUUACGAAAGGUUUCUUCAAAACACCGGUACAAGGUGCCCAGACGACCAUACAUUUGGCCGUUUCCGAGGAACUUGAAGGAAUUUCCGGAAAAUACUUUAUGGACUGUAAGGAACAUAGUUUGAAUACAGCCGCGUGUGAUAUGGAAAAGGCAAAGAAAUUGUGGGAAGAAUCUGCUAAAAUAGUAAAAUUAACGGAAAGUGAUCCGAAGAUCUAACUCUGAAUUCUUGAAAAUAAAUUUUUUU